AUGGGCACCCUUAAAAUCACAACAUAUCCAUCACAGCUGCAGCGUGUAGUUGACCAAAUUAGUGGUGACCUUUCAGCAUCUGACACAUCAUUGGUGGAUCUGGUGGAGCGUCACCGCGGCCCCCUCCCUCAGGAGCUGAUGCCCCUCCCCUCUCAGGGCCAGGAAAGGGAAAGCCCUCUGGAGUGGACUCACCUGGUGGACGUGGCCAGUACGUUUGAGACUGAAAGAAACCCACACUACGUCCAGAGAAGUUAUGUGUUUGGAGAUUCAAACCACCGGAGCAGCGGGGCCUCGAGCCCCCAGCAGUCCCACAUCGAGCUGCAGCCGGCCCCUCUGUCCCGGCCCUCGUCCAGCGAGGGUCACAUAGGGCUGGAGAGGAAGGUGACCAAGCUGGAGGCCACGGUGAAGAUGCUGCAGGAGGACCUGAAGAAGGAGCGUGAGGAGAAGCUGAGGCUGCAGGGGCAGGUCAAGAGGCUGUGGGAGGACAACCAGAGGCUGCAGGAGGAGUCGCAGACAUCCGCCACCAAGCUGAAGAAGUUCACAGAGUGGGUCUUCAACACCAUCGAACAUAUGAACUACCGCCCCCCCCCCCCCCUGCACACUUUGACUCUUGCAUGCACGCACACAAAUACACACAUCGACACUGGGCAGAGACCAGAGGGGAAGAAGCUGGGCACAAGAACCCUGGACGUGAUUAUGCGCCCAUCUUUCUUUGGCUUCAUACAUCAACAGCUGAUAUCUGGUGAGCGGCCUCAUUCUCCACACUUCUCAGGAUGAGAAUAAGUCAAUAUGAGGGACUGUCCUCUACUUUCCAAUGGGACCAGAGACUAAGCUGUGCCAAAAUCAUUUUAUAAAAUAGUGACAAAGAGGAAGCGGUCAGCCUUACCUCCUCCUGAUGUGGACCCCCCCCCACCCCUGAAAUGCUUUCUCACUUCGAUGUGAUUCUCUUGUUAAGGACCUUGUUAAUGCCACUCGGAGUCCGACAGGUACUACGCGACAAAUUUGCCAGCUGGCGUUUGCUGUAACACAAACACCUAUAAUGAAUCCGAAGCCUCGAGACCUCUGACUGGACGAAGGAGAGCUUUUUGUUGUCUUCACAUGUACAGAAGUUUCAUCUCCUAAAGUUUCUCACCACUGAAGGGUCAUGGUGGAAGUUCAGCCACCGACAUGGAAGCAGGUCGCCUCUGAUCGCCAGGGAAACGUGGAUUUGUACAGCAUUGUUCCUCCUCUUCGUCCCUCAGAUCUGGAUUACUGCAUCCUGUCUGUCAGCACAACCCCACACCUGACGGAGGAGUGUAUUUAUAAGCCAUCGGCAAGCGGUGCCAUCAAACAUGACUGAAAUCCAGAGUGCUUUGGUCCAUCCAAAUUGUAUGUGUCUUAAAAGCAAUAGGAAGACUCCUGUCUCUCUCAUAAAAGAAUAAGGGAGACGUGUGAUGUGGGAGGAGAUAUUUUAAAGAUUACAUUUAAAAGACUCUUGCUGCACAAGAGCCUCUUCUUCUGUUAAAGCAGAAGACAUCAUGCUUUAGGAAAAAGGACGGAGAGGACUCUGCGCAGCGUCCCAUCUGGAAUACACAGAGCCAGUAAUGACAUUUUUUGGGAGGGAAAAGUAAGAGUGGACUUUUUCCUCCUAUGUUAAUUUAUUUCAUUGUAUUAUAAUUCAAAUAAAUAAGUUGUUCUAUUCGUCAAAGUACAACUGACAUCAGUGUUUAGUUCCUCAAGAAAAACGGUCACUAGCUAUAUUAUUUAAAUGGCUUUCUUUCUCAAUUCUGAUUAUAUGCUUUUUAUUCUGUAUUAUGUUGUGUUUUGUGGUGCCCAAGCCUGCUGUCGUGUUGCUUACAGUGCCCUCUAGUGAUGACCAGUGGAAAUGUCAUGAUUAUUAAAUGUGCCGCCAGUCACUCUGUAUUUUCCCCACGCCUCUCCAACAAUCAGUCAGACAUCGGGAGGCCACACACACACACACGCAGAACAGGAAACAAACGCCAGCUUUGACAGACAAUCAAAGGUGGAUUUUAGAUUAAAGGAAGCAAACCUUACGUGUGUGUAUGUAGGUGUGUUUUACAUUUUAACAUCUAUAGUUUUCCUCAGGUUCAGUAUUUGUAGGAAAAGUAAUUCUAUGGUGAGAUUAUAAAGCCCCAUGAUGAGCCAGUGGCAGUGUGUGUUGUCAGUGUGUGAAUGUACAUCAGCCAUGCCUACACUCCCUUAUUUUGGUCAUUUUCUCAGAGCAGGGACGUGCCUUUGAAAUAGCACCUGGGGAACAGAUGAAAGGGAAAGGCUCGUCUUUUUCAUCC